GCUCAAGACGUAUGCCAACUUUCCAGAAGCACCUCAGGAGGAGGCUUCUCUCAGCAAUAGGCUCAAGACGUAUGCCAACUUUCCAGAACCACCUCAGGAGGAGGCUUCUCUCAGCAAUAGGCUCAAGACGUAUGCCAACUUUCCAGAACCACCUCAGGAGGAGGCUUCUCUCAGCAAUAGGCUCAAGACGUAUGCCAACUUCCCAGAAGCACCUCAGGAGGAGGCUUCUCUCAGCAAUAGGCUCAAGACGUAUGCCAACUUCCCAGAAGCACCUCAGGAGGAGGCUUCUCUCAGCAAUAGGCUCAAGACGUAUGCCAACUUCCCAGAAGCACCUCAGGAGGAGGCUUCUCUCAGCAAUAGGCUCAAGACGUAUGCCAACUUUCCAGAAGCACCUCAGGAGGAGGCUUCUCUCAGCAAUAGGCUCAAGACGUAUGCCAACUUUCCAGAAGCACCUCAGGAGGAGGCUUCUCUCAGCAAUAGGCUCAAGACGUAUGCCAACUUUCCAGAAGCACCUCAGGAGGAGGCUUCUCUCAGCAAUAGGCUCAAGACGUAUGCCAACUUUCCAGAACCACCUCAGGAGGAGGCUUCUCUCAGCAAUAGGCUCAAGACGUAUGCCAACUUCCCAGAAGCACCUCAGGAGGAGGCUUCUCUCAGCAAUAGGCUCAAGACGUAUGCCAACUUUCCAGAACCACCUCAGGAGGAGGCUUCUCUCAGCAAUAGGCUCAAGACGUAUGCCAACUUCCCAGAAGCACCUCAGGAGGAGGCUUCUCUCAGCAAUAGGCUCAAGACGUAUGCCAACUUCCCAGAAGCACCUCAGGAGGAGGCUUCUCUCAGCAAUAGGCUCAAGACGUAUGCCAACUUCCCAGAAGCACCUCAGGAGGAGGCUUCUCUCAGCAAUAGGCUCAAGACGUAUGCCAACUUUCCAGAAGCACCUCAGGAGGAGGCUUCUCUCAGCAAUAGGCUCAAGACGUAUGCCAACUUUCCAGAAGCACCUCAGGAGGAGGCUUCUCUCAGCAAUAGGCUCAAGACGUAUGCCAAGUUCCCAGAAGCACCUGAGGAGGAGGCUUCUCUCAGCAAUAGGCUCAAGACGUAUGCCAACUUCCCAGAAGCACCUCAGGAGGAGGCUUCUCUCAGCAAUAGGCUCAAGACGUAUGCCAACUUCCCAGAAGCACCUCAGGAGGAGGCUUCUCUCAGCAAUAGGCUCAAGACGUAUGCCAACUUCCCAGAAGCACCUCAGGAGGAGGCUUCUCUCAGCAAUAGGCUCAAGACGUAUGCCAACUUCCCAGAAGCACCUCAGGAGGAGGCUUCUCUCAGCAAUAGGCUCAAGACGUAUGCCAACUUCCCAGAAGCACCUCAGGAGGAGGCUUCUCUCAGCAAUAGGCUCAAGACGUAUGCCAACUUCCCAGAAGCACCUCAGGAGGAGGCUUCUCUCAGCAAUAGGCUCAAGACGUAUGCCAACUUCCCAGAAGCACCUCAGGAGGAGGCUUCUCUCAGCAAUAGGCUCAAGACGUAUGCCAACUUCCCAGAAGCACCUCAGGAGGAGGCUUCUCUCAGCAAUAGGCUCAAGACGUAUGCCAACUUCCCAGAAGCACCUCAGGAGGAGGCUUCUCUCAGCAAUAGGCUCAAGACGUAUGCCAACUUCCCAGAAGCACCUCAGGAGGAGGCUUCUCUCAGCAAUAGGCUCAAGACGUAUGCCAACUUCCCAGAAGCACCUCAGGAGGAGGCUUCUCUCAGCAAUAGGCUCAAGACGUAUGCCAACUUCCCAGAAGCACCUCAGGAGGAGGCUUCUCUCAGCAAUAGGCUCAAGACGUAUGCCAACUUCCCAGAAGCACCUCAGGAGGAGGCUUCUCUCCGCAAUAGGCUCAAGACGUAUGCCAACUUCCCAGAAGCACCUCAGGAGGAGGCUUCUCUCAGCAAUAGGCUCAAGACGUAUGCCAACUUCCCAGAAGCACCUCAGGAGGAGGCUUCUCUCAGCAAUAGGCUCAAGACGUAUGCCAACUUCCCAGAAGCACCUCAGGAGGAGGCUUCUCUCAGCAAUAGGCUCAAGACGUAUGCCAACUUCCCAGAAGCACCUCAGGAGGAGGCUUCUCUCAGCAAUAGGCUCAAGACGUAUGCCAACUUCCCAGAAGCACCUCAGGAGGAGGCUUCUCUCAGCAAUAGGCUCAAGACGUAUGCCAACUUCCCAGAAGCACCUCAGGAGGAGGCUUCUCUCAGCAAUAGGCUCAAGACGUAUGCCAACUUCCCAGAAGCACCUCAGGAGGAGGCUUCUCUCAGCAAUAGGCUCAAGACGUAUGCCAACUUCCCAGAAGCACCUCAGGAGGAGGCUUCUCUCAGCAAUAGGCUCAAGACGUAUGCCAACUUCCCAGAAGCACCUCAGGAGGAGGCUUCUCUCAGCAAUAGGCUCAAGACGUAUGCCAACUUCCCAGAAGCACCUCAGGAGGAGGCUUCUCUCAGCAAUAGGCUCAAGACGUAUGCCAACUUCCCAGAAGCACCUCAGGAGGAGGCUUCUCUCAGCAAUAGGCUCAAGACGUAUGCCAACUUCCCAGAAGCACCUCAGGAGGAGGCUUCUCUCAGCAAUAGGCUCAAGACGUAUGCCAACUUCCCAGAAGCACCUCAGGAGGAGGCUUCUCUCAGCAAUAGGCUCAAGACGUAUGCCAACUUCCCAGAAGCACCUCAGGAGGAGGCUUCUCUCAGCAAUAGGCUCAAGACGUAUGCCAACUUCCCAGAAGCACCUCAGGAGGAGGCUUCUCUCAGCAAUAGGCUCAAGACGUAUGCCAACUUCCCAGAAGCACCUCAGGAGGAGGCUUCUCUCAGCAAUAGGCUCAAGACGUAUGCCAACUUCCCAGAAGCACCUGAGGAGGAGGCUUCUCUCAGCAAUAGGCUCAAGACGUAUGCCAACUUCCCAGAAGCACCUCAGGAGGAGGCUUCUCUCAGCAAUAGGCUCAAGACGUAUGCCAACUUCCCAGAAGCACCUCAGGUGGAGGCUUCUCUCAGCAAUAGGCUCAAGACGUAUGCCAACUUCCCAGAAGCACCUCAGGAGGAGGCUUCUCUCAGCAAUAGGCUCAAGACGUAUGCCAACUUCCCAGAAGCACCUCAGGAGGAGGCUUCUCUCAGCAAUAGGCUCAAGACGUAUGCCAACUUCCCAGAAGCACCUGAGGAGGAGGCUUCUCUCAGCAAUAGGCUCAAGACGUAUGCCAACUUCCCAGAAGCACCUCAGGAGGAGGCUUCUCUCAGCAAUAGGCUCAAGACGUAUGCCAACUUCCCAGAAGCACCUCAGGAGGAGGCUUCUCUCAGCAAUAGGCUCAAGACGUAUGCCAACUUCCCAGAAGCACCUCAGGAGGAGGCUUCUCUCAGCAAUAGGCUCAAGACGUAUGCCAACUUCCCAGAAGCACCUGAGGAGGAGGCUUCUCUCAGCAAUAGGCUCAAGACGUAUGCCAACUUCCCAGAAGCACCUCAGGAGGAGGCUUCUCUCAGCAAUAGGCUCAAGACGUAUGCCAGCUUCCCAGAAGCACCUCAGGAGGAGGCUUCUCUCAGCAAUAGGCUCAAGACGUAUGCCAACUUCCCAGAAGCACCUCAGGAGGAGGCUUCUCUCAGCAAUAGGCUCAAGACGUAUGCCAAGUUCCCAGAAGCACCUGAGGAGGAGGCUUCUCUCAGCAAUAGGCUCAAGACGUAUGCCAACUUCCCAGAAGCACCUCAGGAGGAGGCUUCUCUCAGCAAUAGGCUCAAGACGUAUGCCAACAUCCCAGAAGCACCUCAGGAGGAGGCUUCUCUCAGUAAGAGGCUCAAGACGUAUGCCAACUUCCCAGAAGCACCUCAGGAGGAGGCUUCUCUCAGCAAUAGGCUCAAGACGUAUGCCAACUUCCCAGAAGCACCUCAGGAGGAGGCUCCUCUCAGCAAUAGGCUCAAGACGUAUGCCAACUUCCCAGAAGCACCUCAGGAGGAGGCUUCUCUCAGCAAUAGGCUCAAGACGUAUGCCAGCUUCCCAGAAGCACCUCAGGAGGAGGCUUCUCUCAGCAAUAGGCUCAAGACGUAUGCCAACUUCCCAGAAGCACCUCAGGAGGAGGCUUCUCUCAGCAAUAGGCUCAAGACGUAUGCCAACUUCCCAGAAGCACCUCAGGAGGAGGCUUCUCUCAGCAAUAGGCUCAAGACGUAUGCCAACUUCCCAGAAGCACCUCAGGAGGAGGCUUCUCUCAGCAAUAGGCUCAAGACGUAUGCCAAGUUCCCAGAAGCACCUGAGGAGGAGGCUUCUCUCAGCAAUAGGCUCAAGACGUAUGCCAACUUCCCAGAAGCACCUCAGGAGGAGGCUUCUCUCAGCAAUAGGCUCAAGACGUAUGCCAACAUCCCAGAAGCACCUCAGGAGGAGGCUUCUCUCAGUAAGAGGCUCAAGACGUAUGCCAACUUCCCAGAAGCACCUCAGGAGGAGGCUUCUCUCAGCAAUAGGCUCAAGACGUAUGCCAACUUCCCAGAAGCACCUCAGGAGGAGGCUCCUCUCAGCAAUAGGCUCAAGACGUAUGCCAACUUCCCAGAAGCACCUCAGGAGGAGGCUUCUCUCAGCAAUAGGCUCAAGACGUAUGCCAGCUUCCCAGAAGCACCUCAGGAGGAGGCUUCUCUCAGCAAUAGGCUCAAGACGUAUGCCAACUUCCCAGAAGCACCUCAGGAGGAGGCUUCUCUCAGCAAUAGGGUCAAGACGUAUGCCAAGUUCCCAGAAGCACCUGAGGAGGAGGCUUCUCUCAGCAAUAGGCUCAAGACGUAUGCCAACUUCCCAGAAGCACCUCAGGAGGAGGCUUCUCUCAGCAAUAGGCUCAAGACGUAUGCCAACAUCCCAGAAGCACCUCAGGAGGAGGCUUCUCUCAGUAAGAGGCUCAAGACGUAUGCCAACUUCCCAGAAGCACCUCAGGAGGAGGCUUCUCUCAGCAAUAGGCUCAAGACGUAUGCCAACUUCCCAGAAGCACCUCAGGAGGAGGCUUCUCUCAGCAAUAGGCUCAAGACGUAUGCCAACUUCCCAGAAGCACCUCAGGAGGAGGCUUCUCUCAGCAAUAGGCUCAAGACGUAUGCCAACUUCCCAGAAGCACCUCAGGAGGAGGCUUCUCUCAGCAAUAGGCUCAAGACGUAUGCCAACUUCCCAGAAGCACCUCAGGAGGGGGCUUCUCUCAGCAAUAGGCUCAAGACGUAUGCCAACUUCCCAGAAGCACCUCAGGAGGAGGCUUCUCUCAGCAAUAGGCUCAAGACGUAUGCCAACUUCCCAGAAGCACCUCAGGAGGAGGCUUCUCUCAGCAAUAGGCUCAAGACGUAUGCCAACUUCCCAGAAGCACCUCAGGAGGAGGCUUCUCUCAGCAAUAGGCUCAAGACGUAUGCCAACUUCCCAGAAGCACCUCAGGAGGAGGCUUCUCUCAGCAAUAGGCUCAAGACGUAUGCCAACUUCCCAGAAGCACCUCAGGAGGAGGCUUCUCUCAGCAAUAGGCUCAAGACGUAUGCCAACUUCCCAGAAGCACCUCAGGAGGAGGCUUCUCUCAGCAAUAGGCUCAAGACGUAUGCCAACUUCCCAGAAGCACCUCAGGAGGAGGCUUCUCUCAGCAAUAGGCUCAAGACGUAUGCCAACUUCCCAGAAGCACCUCAGGAGGAGGCUUCUCUCAGCAAUAGGCUCAAGACGUAUGCCAACUUCCCAGAAGCACCUCAGGAGGAGGCUUCUCUCAGCAAUAGGCUCAAGACGUAUGCCAACUUCCCAGAAGCACCUCAGGAGGAGGCUUCUCUCAGCAAUAGGCUCAAGACGUAUGCCAACUUCCCAGAAGCACCUCAGGAGGGGGCUUCUCUCAGCAAUAGGCUCAAGACGUAUGCCAACUUCCCAGAAGCACCUCAGGAGGAGGCUUCUCUCAGCAAUAGGCUCAAGACGUAUGCCAACUUCCCAGAAGCACCUCAGGAGGAGGCUUCUCUCAGCAAUAGGCUCAAGACGUAUGCCAACUUCCCAGAAGCACCUCAGGAGGAGGCUUCUCUCAGCAAUAGGCUCAAGACGUAUGCCAAUUUCCCAGAAGCACCUCAGGAGGAGGCUUCUCUCAGCAAUAGGCUCAAGACGUACGCCAACUUCCCAGAAGCACCUCAGGAGGAGGCUUCUCUCAGCAAUAGGCUCAAGACGUAUGCCAACUUCCCAGAAGCACCUCAGGAGGGGGCUUCUCUCAGCAAUAGGCUCAAGACGUAUGCCAACUUCCCAGAAGCACCUCAGGAGGAGGCUUCUCUCAGCAAUAGGCUCAAGACGUAUGCCAACUUCCCAGAAGCACCUCAGGAGGAGGCUUCUCUCAGCAAUAGGCUCAAGACGUAUGCCAACUUCCCAGAAGCACCUCAGGAGGAGGCUUCUCUCAGCAAUAGGCUCAAGACGUAUGCCAAUUUCCCAGAAGCACCUCAGGAGGAGGCUUCUCUCAGCAAUAGGCUCAAGACGUACGCCAACUUCCCAGAAGCACCUCAGGAGGAGGCUUCUCUCAGCAAUAGGCUCAAGACGUAUGCCAACUUCCCAGAAGCACCUCAGGAGGAGGCUUUUCUCAGCAAUAGGCUCAAGACGUAUGCCAACUUCCCAGAAGCACCUCAGGAGGAGGCUUCUCUCAGCAAUAGGCUCAAGACGUAUGCCAACUUCCCAGAAGCACCUCAGGAGGAGGCUUCUCUCAGCAAUAGGCUCAAGACGUAUGCCAACUUCCCAGAAGCACCUCAGGAGGGGGCUUCUCUCAGCAAUAGGCUCAAGACGUAUGCCAACUUCCCAGAAGCACCUCAGGAGGAGGCUUCUCUCAGCAAUAGGCUCAAGACGUAUGCCAACUUCCCAGAAGCACCUCAGGAGGAGGCUUCUCUCAGCAAUAGGCUCAAGACGUAUGCCAACUUCCCAGAAGCACCUCAGGAGGAGGCUUCUCUCAGCAAUAGGCUCAAGACGUACGCCAACUUCCCAGAAGCACCUCAGGAGGAGGCUUCUCUCAGCAAUAGGCUCAAGACGUAUGCCAACUUCCCAGAAGCACCUCAGGAGGAGGCUUCUCUCAGCAAUAGGCUCAAGACGUAUGCCAACUUCCCAGAAGCACCUCAGGAGGAGGCUUCUCUCAGCAAUAGGCUCAAGACGUACGCCAACUUCCCAGAAGCACCUCAGGAGGAGGCUUCUCUCAGCAAUAGGCUCAAGACGUAUGCCAACUUCCCAGAAGCACCUCAGGAGGAGGCUUCUCUCAGCAAUAGGCUCAAGACGUAUGCCAACUUCCCAGAAGCACCUCAGGAGGAGGCUUCUCUCAGCAAUAGGCUCAAGACGUAUGCCAACUUCCCAGAAGCACCUCAGGAGGAGGCUUCUCUCAGCAAUAGGCUCAAGACGUAUGCCAACUUCCCAGAAGCACCUCAGGAGGAGGCUUCUCUCAGCAAUAGGCUCAAGACGUAUGCCAACUUCCCAGGAGCACCUCAGGAGGAGGCUUCUCUCAGCAAUAGGCUCAAGACGUAUGCCAACUUCCCAGGAGCACCUCAGGAGGAGGCUUCUCUCAGCAAUAGGCUCAAGACGUAUGCCAACUUCCCAGGAGCACCUCAGGAGGAGGCUUCUCUCAGCAAUAGGCUCAAGACGUAUGCCAACUUCCCAGAAGCACCUCAGGAGGAGGCUUCUCUCAGCAAUAGGCUCAAGACGUAUGCCAACUUCCCAGAAGCACCUCAGGAGGGGGCUUCUCUCAGCAAUAGGCUCAAGACGUAUGCCAACUUCCCAGAAGCACCUCAGGAGGAGGCUUCUCUCAGCAAUAGGCUCAAGACGUAUGCCAACUUCCCAGAAGCACCUCAGGAGGAGGCUUCUCUCAGCAAUAGGCUCAAGACGUAUGCCAACUUCCCAGAAGCACCUCAGGAGGGGGCUUCUCUCAGCAAUAGGCUCAAGACGUAUGCCAACUUCCCAGAAGCACCUCAGGAGGAGGCUUCUCUCAGCAAUAGGCUCAAGACGUAUGCCAACUUCCCAGAAGCACCUCAGGAGGAGGCUUCUCUCAGCAAUAGGCUCAAGACGUAUGCCAACUUCCCAGAAGCACCUCAGGAGGAGGCUUCUCUCAGCAAUAGGCUCAAGACGUAUGCCAACUUCCCAGAAGCACCUCAGGAGGAGGCUUCUCUCAGCAAUAGGCUCAAGACGUAUGCCAACUUCCCAGAAGCACCUCAGGAGGAGGCUUCUCUCAGCAAUAGGCUCAAGACGUAUGCCAACUUCCCAGAAGCACCUCAGGAGGAGGCUUCUCUCAGCAAUAGGCUCAAGACGUAUGCCAACUUCCCAGAAGCACCUCAGGAGGAGGCUUCUCUCAGCAAUAGGCUCAAGACGUAUGCCAACUUCCCAGAAGCACCUCAGGAGGAGGCUUCUCUCAGCAAUAGGCUCAAGACGUAUGCCAACUUCCCAGAAGCACCUCAGGAGGAGGCUUCUCUCAGCAAUAGGCUCAAGACGUAUGCCAACUUCCCAGAAGCACCUCAGGAGGAGGCUUCUCUCAGCAAUAGGCUCAAGACGUAUGCCAACUUCCCAGAAGCACCUCAGGAGGAGGCUUCUCUCAGCAAUAGGCUCAAGACGUAUGCCAACUUCCCAGAAGCACCUCAGGAGGAGGCUUCUCUCAGCAAUAGGCUCAAGACGUAUGCCAACUUCCCAGAAGCACCUCAGGAGGAGGCUUCUCUCAGCAAUAGGCUCAAGACGUAUGCCAACUUCCCAGAAGCACCUCAGGAGGAGGCUUCUCUCAGCAAUAGGCUCAAGACGUAUGCCAACUUCCCAGAAGCACCUCAGGAGGAGGCUUCUCUCAGCAAUAGGCUCAAGACGUAUGCCAACUUCCCAGAAGCACCUCAGGAGGAGGCUUCUCUCAGCAAUAGGCUCAAGACGUAUGCCAACUUCCCAGAAGCACCUCAGGAGGAGGCUUCUCUCAGCAAUAGGCUCAAGACGUAUGCCAACUUCCCAGAAGCACCUCAGGAGGAGGCUUCUCUCAGCAAUAGGCUCAAGACGUAUGCCAACUUCCCAGAAGCACCUCAGGAGGAGGCUUCUCUCAGCAAUAGGCUCAAGACGUAUGCCAACUUCCCAGAAGCACCUCAGGAGGAGGCUUCUCUCAGCAAUAGGCUCAAGACGUAUGCCAACUUCCCAGAAGCACCUCAGGAGGAGGCUUCUCUCAGCAAUAGGCUCAAGACGUAUGCCAACUUCCCAGAAGCACCUCAGGAGGAGGCUUCUCUCAGCAAUAGGCUCAAGACGUAUGCCAACUUCCCAGAAGCACCUCAGGAGGAGGCUUCUCUCAGCAAUAGGCUCAAGACGUAUGCCAACUUCCCAGAAGCACCUCAGGAGGAGGCUUCUCUCAGCAAUAGGCUCAAGACGUAUGCCAACUUCCCAGAAGCACCUCAGGAGGAGGCUUCUCUCAGCAAUAGGCUCAAGACGUAUGCCAACUUCCCAGAAGCACCUCAGGAGGAGGCUUCUCUCAGCAAUAGGCUCAAGACGUAUGCCAACUUCCCAGAAGCACCUCAGGAGGAGGCUUCUCUCAGCAAUAGGCUCAAGACGUAUGCCAACUUCCCAGAAGCACCUCAGGAGGAGGCUUCUCUCAGCAAUAGGCUCAAGACGUAUGCCAACUUCCCAGAAGCACCUCAGGAGGAGGCUUCUCUCAGCAAUAGGAAUCCCAAAAUCCCUGUGGCUACUGGAAAGGGUCCUUGGGUGCCCUGCCUCACCUCGAGAAGCGUCCCUUUGGCCCUGCCAAGCCUCGAAGAGAUUCCUGAGGUGUCCCUCGUUACUAGACAGGAGUCCUGA